AUGCCUCGCUCUGUGCCUCAAGUGAGCUCUGCCUCGCGCGAGCAGAAUGAAGACGACGCCGAACUCCCCGCGCUGUCGUCCCGCACCGCGCCCCCUUCUCCAACUGCAUACCGCCGUUCCCAAAGCUACCUCUCCGAGCCGCACACCGGCUACCAGUCCCUCGAGUCGCAUUUUGAAGUUGGUGAGACCACCAGUUUGCUGGGAGGUGAGUCUCAGCGCCAAGCACCUCGGCGGUCCUAUACCAGCACAUCCGGUGUAUCGGGCCCGGAUUCUCUCCGCUAUCUGUUGACGGCAGGAAGUCUGCGUCGCACUGCCCAUCACAGCCGGACAAACUCCCAGGCGAAACGGUUCAGCCGCCGGGGAAGUUUAGGCGAGGGUGCGCAGACGCAACAGCAGAGCCGGCCGCCCUCGACCAAAGAUGGACUGACCGCUUCUUCAUUCCUCGACGAGCGCACGUGGUACGACCAAUUUACCUCCACCGACUGGGUACAUGACAGCAUUGCCGAUGGAGCCCGACUUCGGCAGCUACGACAACGUAAGGAUGUACGCGGGCGGCUUUUGGCAUGGUUUGAUGGAGCGCAAGGCUGGGUCCUCGUGGCGGUGAUCGGAUGUAUCACCGCGGCGAUCGCCUACUUUGUCGAUAUUACAGAGCGAUCGAUCUUUGACAUGAAAUUGGGCUACUGUUCGGGCGAUUUCUUUGCCAGCAAGAGCGAGUGCUGUGGGGAGGGCGCCACAUGCACCGAUUGGCGGUCGUGGUCACAAAUAUUUCACGCCUCCGGCAGCGGAAAUCAAUGGGUUGACUUUGCCCUGUUCAUUGCUUGGGUCGUUGGGCUCGCCAUGAUCUCAUGUGCGCUCACACUGCUGACCAAGACCGUGGUGCCCUCGUCGAUCUCAUUGACGACGCUGGAUGAGAACCUCGGUGCUGAGGCGCGUGGUGCCAAGCGGAGCUCCGUGCUGAGAUUUUUGGAUCCCCCGCAUCCCUGA